AUGGAAGCUCGUCCGGAACGUUUCUUCGGAAAAGAGGUCGUGGCGCAUGUGGAUGAGUCCAGCACGCGCAAGGAGACGCGCACCUACCAUGGAUGCGGUAAGGUGGGACACGUCAAGGCUGACAGUCGCAGCAAAAUGACACGUGAUUUAAAUGGCGGUCGUCGUGGCAGACGCUUUGGCAACAUGGUGCUUUCCGUUGGAGUAGGCAAAGGAACAAGGGCUUUCGUGUCGUGA